AUGGCGAAUCCGCUUCAACUUCGCCGACAUCGCUCAUCCCUGGAAGGGGUCAUCAUUCCUUUAUCACAACCCUUGAAACUCAAAGAGCGUGACCUCGCAAUCCAGAUUUUUGAUGAGAUCAUCUUGCACUUCGAAUCUUCUCAGGAAACCAAAGGUGGCUAUAAACCAGUCACUCUUAUUAGUCUUAUGAAGAAUGAGGUUUCCGAAAAAGACGAGUUUUUAAGCCUUUUUUUUGCCUUUAUCCAGCAAGACCUGCUUGACGAAAGCCGAGGAAUCGGCCUUGAACACAUCUUAUCGCACCUUGCUGGUUUUUGUAGCUGGUCGGCAGAAGGGAAAGAUGCAUUAGAUGGAAGUCUAGUUGCAUUCGCGAAGUACUUGGUAGACAAUUUCUUCUUACCAUUAAAGGCGUUUGCAGUAAAAACCCCCCAACCUACACCGGCUCUUUCGCACUCAAAGACACCCGAAACUGCCAUUGGCACCCCGCAACGCGUCUCAAAUUUGCGACGAGAUUGCCUUCGUCGUGAUCGCCACCGAUGUGUCGUUACUCGGAAAUUCGAUGCCCAGGAAGCCCAGAAUCGAUACAAGAAAGAUGGACGCAAUGUGAAAGACGACGAUGGGAAGUCAUUACUUCCAGAAAGCGAGAAUAUGGCAUAUUUGGAAGUAGCACAUAUAAUGCCUCACUCUUUGAUGUCACUUACCAGUGAGGAAGGUGAAUGGAGACUUAUUCAAAGCAAAUAG